GCUCUGUAAGUCUCUGCGGAAACGCUUCUGUCUUCGUGCGUUAACAGUUUAAGAGCCGUACAGUACAGUAGCCACACCCCUGCUUAGCCUGUCAGUUUAAUUCAACGUUACUCCCUCUCUCUCUCUCUCUCGCUCGCUCUCAGAGUCUCCAUCCUUCGGCAAAUCCUGUUCAACUCCCGCUUGUCGCGCAGUGGAACGGUGAAUGGACCAGCAACACUGGAAUUUUACCUUAUUUGAAUAGUAAAAGACGGACUCUCUUCCACGCACGAGAAAGGGAUCGCACGUAACUGCACCGAGCUGCUUCUUUUGGACCAAAAGCUGAACUCGGGAUAAAAAAGGAAGGAUAGUGGGCACUUGCAUUCACCGAGGUCUUAAGAUCUGAAGGGUAAGAUAGGCCAUGCCGUUUGGCUGUCUGACGCUAGGGGAGAAGAAGGAUUACAACAAUCCCUCUGAAGUGACCGACAAAUAUGAUUUGGGGCAGAUCAUUAAAACGGAAGAGUUCUGCGAAAUUUUUCGUGCCAAGGACAAGACCACCUUAAAAAUGUAUACCUGUAAGAAAUUCCAAAAAAAGGAUGGAAGAAAAGUCAGAAAAGCUGCCAAAAAUGAAAUCAUGAUUCUAAAGAUGGUGAAGCAUCCAAAUAUUCUGCAGUUGGUCGACGUGUUUGAAACCAGAAAAGAAUAUUUCCUCUUUCUUGAACUAGCCACGGGACGAGAAGUGUUUGACUGGAUUUUAGACCAGGGUUACUACUCUGAACGGGACACCAGUAACGUCAUCCGCCAGGUGAUGGAAGCCGUGGCCUACCUACACUCGCUACACAUUGUACACCGAAACCUCAAGCUGGAAAACUUGGUUUACUACAACCGACUGAAAAAUUCAAAAAUCGUUAUCAGUGAUUUCCACCUGGCCAAGCUUGAGAAUGGUCUCAUAAAGGAUCCCUGUGGAACCCCAGAGUAUCUGGCUCCAGAAGUGGUUGGUCGACAGAGAUAUGGCAGGCCUGUUGACUGCUGGGCAAUUGGAGUCAUCAUGUACAUCCUGCUGUCAGGAAAUCCUCCAUUUUAUGAUGAAACAGAUGAUGAAGAUUAUGAGAACCAUGACAAGAAUUUAUUUCGGAAGAUCCUGGCUGGAGAUUAUGAGUUUGAUUCUCCAUACUGGGAUGACAUAUCUGACGCAGCUAAAAGUCUAGUGGCACGUUUGAUGGAAGUCGAUCAGGACCAGAGGCUUACGGCGCAGGAAGCCAUCAACCAUGAAUGGAUUUCUGGGAAUGCUGCCUCAGACAAAAAUAUCAAAGAUGGGGUCUGUGCACAGAUUGAAAAGAACUUCGCCAAAGCAAAAUGGAAGAAAGCUGUACGGGUGACCACAAUCAUGAAAAGGCUACGGGCACCUGAGCAGAGUGCGACAGCGGCUACUGCGCCGGCUACACCUGGAGCACCAGCUGAAACUAAAGAGCCGACAACGGGCAAUGCACCCCUGGUUAUCACCACCACCCCGGAGAGCUCUCUAGUUCCCGGAAAUGCCUCGGCCACCGCAGCACCAGCACCUAGCAGCAAAGCAGAGAGUGCUACGGAGGAGGCUGCCAGCCAGCCAGACAGCUCUGCCAAAGUGGGUACCGCAGAAGACGAACAGCCGACGUCCAGAUGUAAUGGGGAGACCUCUGCACCCCUGAACGCUGUCGCAGAGGAUACAAAUAAGCAGAACGGCUAAAGAUCCACUUGUAUACCUGGCACUAUUCUGUAAUAUAGGCGCUGGCAUGGUGACGCUAAAUUUGCAAUACUCUCUAACACAGUAUAAUUAGUAUGACGAAUAAAGAGGCAGUACCCCGUCAGUUCUGGAAGGAUGCCUGCUAAGUUAGUGUAUUCUUUUGGCUAGUGUUGCAAUAAAUGAUCUCGAUCUCUAUCUCUCUCUCUUCACGGGUUGAACAUUUUGAAAAUUAACAAAUGGUGAAAACAAUUUUAGAUGUAGUCGCUGCACCUUUAAAGCAUUCAUAUUCCAUAACUUGUUCGAAUUUUGUGUGAGUUACCGUUCUCACAUCAUUAAUAAUGGAAAACAAGGGCCUCCUCCACACACACUUGUUUAUGAAGUGAAAGCUCGUUUCCACAAGUGUCCAAACCAACAUUCACUUCAUUUGCAGCUCAGGGGGGGGUCUUCAUGUUGUAAGCAAGCAAAUCAAGUCAUCCAGAAAUAAGAGACACCAACCGUGCAGCCAACCAAAGCAGGGAUAGUGGUGCACCUUAAAAUGUAUCCGUAGAUUAAACUUUCCAGCAGUGGGCCAUGAACAUAGACCAGAGAUCAGGAGUUUCAUCUUUGAAAGAUUAGCAAUAAUACACAUUUCUGGAUUUAGUGAGGUCAGCUGAAGUUAUUGAAGUGCACUGAGCAUAGGAAUGGUACUUAAUAUGUAACAAAAUAUAUUGUUAUGCUCCCAUCAAAAAUUUUACAUGUUCUUUAAUAAUUUGAGGGGGCGGAAUCCAUUUUGUGCAAUCACAUCCCGUUUUUGAGAGAUGAAGGUUUAAAAUAACCAACAACAUAGUUUUAAAAUGAAUUAUUUAGACUUGAACAAUUGUACAAAUUAUACAUAUAAUUGUUUUAAAUAUAAUUAUUACCUACAAAAAGUAGUUUUUGUUCCCUCUCAUAAUCCUCUGAAGGUGUUUCACAGUGGAGGCCUGCUUACUUAGACUCACUGCAGUCUCCACUAUAAAGAUGGACCCUCUUCAGCACAUUCAUCAGAGACCCCUUCCAUGUUCUCUCUUUUCCAAAUGAGAAUGUAAAAAAAAGAAUUUUUAAAGACGUCUUGCCCCCAAGUGCUAGGUCGGAAGAGAGAAGCCCCUCAGCUCGGUUCCUCGGCUUUGAAAAUUGUGGCAGACACGGUUCAUGUUUUCCAAUAGCAGGAAGCUGUAAAUUCCUUUAAUGCUUCGCUUACCUGGUCAAGGCAACCCGAUCUUGCACAUCUCUGUAAAAAAACAUUUAAAGAACAACUUUUUCUCUUUUCUGGACAAUAAAAAGGCAUCUUUCUGUCCUUCUAAGUAUUAAUUCCUGGGAAUUUUGAAGGAAUAAGAAGAGAGAGAAAAAAAACAUGGAUGGAGAGCAAAAAAAACGACUAGCAUUUACUCGAUUUGGGAUUGUUUCCUCCACAAAUAAUAGCUGACUGCCAUUUUUCAGCUCACAAUAAUAUUCUGAGCAUGAAAAAUACGCAAGCCAUUAAACAGACAUAACUUAUUCAAAAAAAAUAAUAAUAAUCAACAAUUGUUUUCCAAAACUUCACUUUUCAUAUAUACAGUAUUUCGUAGAAACAGUUUGUGGUACAGAAAUUCCAAUUUCUAUAAAGCACAAUGAUUUUCUUCAUGGGAGGAUUGCGGUGCAAACCAGUGUAGUAGUAAUAAUAAUAAUAAUAUUGUGAGAUAAAAUUUGAAAAUGAAGACCAAGUGCUGUUUCUUCACCCUUUGUCUUUCAGUGCCAUUGUCAUCAUUUUCAGACGUUAACCUUGAGAAACUUUGGAAACAAGACUUUGACCAGUAGCAGGAUAAUGAAACCAAGUAUGAGGUUUAUGAGUCAAUAUGUUAAAUGUCUUGAUCGUUUAGAAUGCUUAAUAAAAUGGAGAUCAAAGGGUUAAUUUUUAUUAACUUGAAUAAGGUGUGGAAUGAAUAAAGGGAAAACAAGAAAGAAUAUCAGGACUUAGAAAUGAGUUACACAUAAGGACUGUAGAAAUGUCAGGUCAUUUUCUAAGCAGGUUGUUGGGAGUGCUGGAGCCUGUCCCGGCUGGCAUAGGGUGCAAGGCAGGAACAAACCCUGGACAGGGUGCCAGUCCAUCACAGGGAUAACACACACCCACCCCACACACACACACACACACACACACACCCCACACACACACACACACUCCAGGGCCAAUUUAGCGUUGCCAAUCCGCCUAAUCUGCGUGACUUCGGAUGGUGGGAUGAAACCCAGGCAGACAUGGAGAGAGCAAGCAAAUUCCACUCAUGAAGGACCCAGGAGGUGAACCCUGGCCUCAUUACUGUGAGGCAGCAGUUCUGCCACUGUGCCACCCCAGAUUUAGAAAUCAAAAGCAAAAAGUAGCUUGUAGUUAGAACAAAUAAGCAGUAAAUAACAAAAUAACAAAAGAAUUUACAAGAAACACAAGUUUUUGCAAGCUAAACAGAAUUUGAAACAAAGUGCAGGAAAUGACGUGAUGCCACACGGCCUUCACACACCUCCUGGCAUCAAACAACAAACAAAUCCUAAAAUGUUGACACGUGAUGUCAUCAGCGUGCAAGUACACAAACAGUACAAAAAUCCAAUAAAAGAAAAAAAAGCAAAGUAUUGAAAUUUACCACUUAAUCAUGAUCAUGUACAAUAAUUUUCCAGCCCCUCUGAUUUCUUUAACCGUAGAAGAAUUUUUACACAUUAAGAAAACUAUACAAUCUGUCAAGCUUCUUUUAAUAGUUAUGGUAUCCAGAGUAGCGAGGGUAGACAGGAUUAGGAAUUAGAGGGACAACGCAGUUACGACAAUCCGGUGACCAAGUGACAUAGGUGAGAUUGAGAUGGUCUGGGCACGUGUGGAGGAGAGAUGAGGGGGGACAUCAGGAACAGAAUGCUGAGGACAGAACCACCAGGCAAGAGGAAAAGAGAAAGGCCAAAGAGGAGGUUUAUGGCGCAGUGGUAGGGCUGCGGCUUUGCAGUAAUGAGAUUGUAGGUUUGCUUCCCAGGUCCUCCCUGUGUGGAGAGCAUUUUGAGUAGUGAGAAAAGCGUUUUAUAAAUGUACAGAAUUAUUAUGGAUGUGGUGAGGGAGGACAUGAUGGCAGUCAGUGGGAUAGAAAAUGAUGUACAAGAUAGGGAUAGAUGGAGACGGAUGAUUAUCUGUGGCAACCCCUAAAUGGGAGCAGCCAAAGAAGAAGAAUAAGAAGAAGAAGAAGGUGUCCGAAUGUCUCAUCCAGUUAGUUCUUCGAGGUCAUCAGGGUCUCUGCUUCAGCUGUCUAACUGGGAAGUUUGUUCCAGAGCCUUGAGAUGGUCUGUGUGAAAAGGCACAGUAAUAUCACAAGAAAUGCUUUGCUUUUCACACUGACCCUAAACUGGAGGUUCUUUAUUAUUUGGGAGCGUGUAACCUAUUCACCAGGACACGAUUGUCAGCCGUAGUGUGACCAGCUAGGCAGAUAUACAGUACGUCCUGUAAAAUGCAUAGCCUUGACACACGAUAAAGGUUUGGGGCAGCCACUCGUGUGCUUGAAUCCAAGCUGCAAAAGGCAAACAUUAAGUACAGAUGUGUACAGUCUUGAGUCCAGAACAGAACUGAGUACAAAAUGGAGGAUGACUGGCUUUUAAAGCAGGUUGGUGGACGUGACAUCAUCUGGGGGCCAGAACCGGAAGUGAUGUUCUUGGGGUUGGAAAUGGGAGUGUCAUUCUUGCGCCCAAAAACUGGAAGUGAUGUUCUUGGGGUUGGAAUCGAAAGUGAUGUUCUUGGGCCCGGAACUGAAAGUGAUGUUCUUGGGCCUGGAACCGGAAGUGUCGUCAUCGGGCCUGGAACCAAAAGUGAUGUUGUUGGAAUCAGGCAGAAUUUCCAGUGUCUGGUCUGCGGAAAUAAAAGGGAAAGAUAUACUGUACCCCACCACCCCCUGGCAUGAGGUGGAAUUACCUUCUUUUGGUCCUUCUAGCUGCCUCCCAUGCGCGUGAGUGUGACAGUCCUUAUUCAUAAGGUGCCAUUUCACCAAAGACACCACUAUUGCCACACCAUUGAUGACGUCACUUCCGCUUCUGCACCCAUUGAUGACCCUGAUGAUGUCACUUCCGGUCCAGACACCAUCAAUGAUGUCACUUCUGGUUCUGGGCUCACUGACGGUGUCACUUCCAGUCCAGAUGACAUCACUUCCGGUUCUGGUCCCGAUGACGUCACUUCCUGUCUUGGCCUUUAAAGCUGCCAUCUUUAGCCUUUAAAUAGGUUCUGUUUUGGACUUGAACAUGAACACAACUCAUCAACCGAACUCAUUUCGCAGCCAAGGCACAAUAUACGGGUGGCUGCCCCAAACCUUUUUGACAUCUUCUUGUUAUUCUUGUAACACUAAACACGGAUUAUCCGUCAGAACUGUGUGUGUUUGUGUUUCUGCUUAUCAGACUCAAGGAUUUCCAGCCAUAGUGUGCCCACUGAUGGGCAGAUGGGGGACUCAGCCACUAAGUAAGGUACCUUACCUAUAGUUAAACAGAAUGACAAUUUUUAGCUGGGCCAUUUUUCCAAAAGCUUUCUUUUUUUAAUUCAAAAACGCCAGAAUACAAAGUCAGAUUCCUGACAAAGAGAGAAAUUUGGCUGCACCGCUCACGUUUCCAAACUGUGUUUUUUUUUACGCAAGCAUCCUAUGAACGGGAAACUGCUCUCUUUAUUUACUGCUGUAAAUAAAUAAUACAAAAAAAAACUCUUGGUAGAAGUAGCCACAAUGGCAUGCUUUCAGACAUUUUAGUCUACAUUAAAAUGUUGCUUGUGAGCAUCUGAUGGGUAAAGAUUUGAUAGAGUUCUGCCAAGCACAGAGCGGAUUCAUUUGCAUGCAAAAAUAUACCUUAUUGUAUGAACUGUAUUAGCUUAAAAAAACACGUGUGUUGAAUAAUUGAAAUAAAAAGAAAUAUAUCAGCAUCCACUUUGUCAGUUGAACUGUAGUAUAGGAUAGAACUGCAACUCUGAUUUACGUGUGUCUUCAUUUGCAUUACUUGUGCCUCAGCAGUUAUGCCUUAUCUUUUCAUUUACGUUCAAUAACGCCUCUAAAGUGGGUCAACGGCACAACAAAACCGAAACACGAUCUGCGGUCUCUUUAGAAUCAGCUCAGCACCUGCCAAAUCAUGGAAGUGCGACCAUGUAAAAAGACUCGGGGAACGUGAAAUUCAGUUUUUUAUAGAAUUGUCACCAUAAUGCACUUGCAUGUGGGGAUCAACAAAAAAUGGUUUACUGUAAUUCAUAUAUACAAAUAUAGAAUAUAUUAAAGUGACUGCUUUUAGGUAACACGGAAACAGUAAACUAAUAUGUCACACAGAAUGUCAUCUACUACUAAUAUGUCACACAAACUAAUAGUAGAUGACAUGUCACCCAGAAUGUCAUCAAAGUCACAGAGAAUGUUUCUCUUUUUUAAGAUAGAGGAGUUUAGAAAUGUGGCAAUGCUUUGAAAUUUCCAAAAUGUGUGUGUGAGAUUCUCAGCAACAACUGAACUGUCGUGUCAUUUUCUAGGGUAUGAUGCUAGAGCCUGUCCCAGCUAGACAUAGGGCGCAAGGCAGGAACAAACCCUGGACAAGGUGCCAGUCCAUCACAGGGUAAACAGACACAAACACAAACACACACACACACACACACACAGAUGGGCCAAAUUAGUGCUGUUAAGUCACCUAAUUGGCAUGUCUUUGGAACAGUGGGAGGAAACCCACACAGACACGCGGAGAACUUGCAUGAACCGGGGUCUCCUUACUGCGAGACAGCAGUGCUGCCUGUGCACCACCAAGCCGCCCUCAAUGGCAAUUGAACUGUCUCAAUUGAUUUCCUUGAAGAAUGAGAGGGCUAAAUUUCACUAAAUUCUGUUCACUGGAAGCUGAGUUCUUUAAUACGGACAGACAGACAGACCGACAGGACUAUUGCAGUAGGUGCUUUUCACAUUAUAUGCUAAUGCACCUUGAACAGUGCUGCAAACAAAUGCUAUUUUUUUCUAGUAAAAAAUGGAAUGAAUGAAUUAAAAAUCUUGAAUCAAAUUUGAAAUUCUCGUUAGUUGGACAUGUGAGGUGCAACACAAUGGAAUUCCAUGCUACUUUUAGUCAGGGUAGGGUAGGGUAAAUUCAGAAAGCGAGGUCCUUUUUGAACUGUCCUUUAAAGUAACAUUUUCCUUCCGUCUUGCUGGUUUUAUUUUGCCUGUAGUUUUGCGUCAUCUCCCAGCUGACACCAGGUGAACUGUAUAUACCGGACUUUCGGACAAAGCAGAUGCAGACGCCCAGCUUUUGUGGAGGGGAUUGUUUUGGAGUCCAUGUUUUAUUAAAUCUCUGUCCAUCAGAUGCUGUCUUUCUCUUCUCCUGUUGUACACACUGCUUUAAAUUCUUUCUCUUUGUGUUGACCUGUUCUCAUAUCUACUUUCUGUAUACUGGCAGGGCCCGCUUAUCUAGCAGAUAGACCUUUUCUAUACUGUUAAUUUGCAGCUUCUUUGUUUUUCCUCGUUUCAGAGAAAGGAGAUAUAUAAAAACAAACAUGGAUAAUGUAUGAAUUUUAUUUCUGCUCUUUGACAAUAGCUUACUAUCAUGUUAAUAUCGACUGAAAACAUUAUCUUUGUCUCCCUGAUUUAUUUGUUCUGAUUUUUGUUGAUAAAAUAAAAUUAACUAAAAUAAAAUAAAUAAAAACAA